GAAUGUGAAUGGCGGAAGAAUCCUUUAAAAUGCGAUUUUCCCUUAAGCGGGCAGACAAACAGUUCAUCUAGUUGACAAUGAUUGAAGGACCGGGUAUAAUGAAUUUCCGUUGUUUUUUCCAUUCUCUGCUCGUCUUCCUCUCUUUCGUAUACCUCGAUGAGACUGAGGGUAAGCUCUUGGUCAAUGAUAAUAGCUGGAAAAAUUGUGUUGGCAAAUCGUUUUAUCCAAUAUCCAUAACAAAUUUCAAUAAUGUACCAUUUGAAAAGACCGAAAGAGUUUUUGAGUUCAAUGGAACUAUAACUACACCUGUUCUCGCAACGUUAGAAGUUUCAUUCUGUUCACUAAAAGAUCAUCCCGAUGCUUGUUCACAAGAAACCGUCGAUAAAUAUCUAUUGACGUGCUCUCAGAUUAUAGCAGAAAAUCAGCCUUGGACCGAUUUUUUUGCAUCUUUCGAGCCAGUACUGGAUUGCCCUCUUGAACCCGGAGUUUAUAGAUCUAAUGCGCCAGCCAUUGACGUUUGGAAAAUACAUGAAAAUUCUUUGAAAGAAGUACGUCCAGGCAUAUAUCAAGUCCACUUCAGUGUUAUACAUAGAUAUGGUACAUUGCUGUGUUGGGAUAUAGAGUACGAAGUUAAACAACCAUUUGGUUUACAAAAGCUUUUGUCUAAUAUAAUAAAAAUAUAUUAAGGGAAUAGACUAA